AUGGCGGAUUCGUCACUAACAUCGCUCACCUCAGAGCUUUCCAAUCUCGCAGGCAGUUAUGUUCCGCCCACAAACCACGACGCUGCCUCCCUCGCUCCGAAAAUGGCCCUUUUCAACCUCUCGAAGAAAAUCAUGUACUCUCUCAUGGAUCCGGGAAUGAUGGUCCAAGCGCAUUCUCUCCAGAUGGCCGAAAUGGUCUCCGUUCGAACGUUGUUGGACCUCAAGGUAUUUGAGAAGAUGCCGACCGAGGAGGGCAAAACGAUCACGGCCAAGGAAUUGAGCGAGAAAACAGGAGUUCAGGACGCUUUGCUUGAAAGACUGCUCCGCCCUCUCGUCGCCUCAGGUUUCAUCACUCAAGCAUCCGACGGUUCGUAUGGCUCCACGAAGUUUUCCCAAGCAUACACAUCCUUCCCUGGCCUAUUCUUCACCCUAAUGUUCGACCACUUCCUCCAACCCAUGACCGAUCUGCCGAAAUAUCUUUCAAAACAUGGCGCGGCGGAGCCCACUUCGUUUUACGUCAACCCUUACUCCGACUACCACAACGCGAGCGAUUCCGGAAUGACAACGUGGGAAAUCAUGUCGAAAGAUCCGGAGAAACUGAAGACGUUCCAGUUGGGCCUAACGACCGGUGACGCCAUGGUGCCGGUCACGGGAUACUACGACUUCAACCAGCUCGCGUUGACAAAGGAAGAACAGGAGAAGGAUCCAGACCGAGCAUGUCUCAUUGAUAUUGGCGGUGGAGUAGGCAACGUGGUCAAGAGGAUUUUGGAUGAGUAUAAGGACCUUAGUCCCAAGAACGUGAUACUGCAGGAUCAAGGUUCCGUCAUCGAUAUCGCAGAGAGAGAAAAGAUUCCGCCCGAGGGCGUCAAGUUGAUGAAGCAUGAUUUCUGGACAGAGCAACCGGUCAAAGGUGCAAAAGCAUAUUACUUCCGCCGUGUCUUCCACGACUAUAGCGACGAGCUUUGCGCCAAAGCCUUGAAGCAGAUCAUCCCGGUCAUGACGGCGUCGGACUCUCGUGUUCUCAUCGCCGACAUGCUCCUGCCUGAGAUCAUGACGGAGAAGGAAGCUCACACGGCCGCUUUGGACGUCGCGUGUAUGGUCAUGGGCGGUAAGGAACGGACGGAGGAGAAUUUUAGGCAGUUGUUCGAUAGUGUAGGUCUGGAAGUCGUUGCGAUCCAUCGUGCACCCGGCGCCGCGGCGGGAGUGGUUGAGGGGAAGCUGAAGAAGGAGUAA